CUUCAACACCAGACCGUGUGCGACUGUCGCUGGAUAAACACCAUGGAGGUGAACGUCGUCUACUUAACGCUAAUAGUCGCGACCUUGGGGCUAAUCUAUCGCUGGCUAACCAAAGACCAUGAUUACUUUCGCGAGAAACCGAUUCCCUCGUUGGCUGCGUGGCCCGUAUUCGGAAGCACUGCUGAUCUGAUGCUGAAAAAAUGCUCGUUUAUGGAUUAUGUAAAGCGAGUCUACGAUAAAUUUCCAAAUGUGAAAGUAUUCGGCUUGUUCGACACCAACUCUCGCGUGUUCGUCAUCCGAGACCCGGAACUUAUCAAACAGAUUGCGGUGAAAUAUUUCGACCACUUUAUCGAUCGACGACAAAUUUUCGGCACCAGCACCGACGAUAACCCGGAUGUGCUGUUCAACAAAGCCGUGGUGAUGCUAACCGGUCAAAAGUGGCGAGAUAUGAGGGCUACUUUAAGUCCGGCUUUCACUGGUAGCAAGAUGCGGGCGAUGUUUGGCCUGAUGACGGAGUACAGUGAUCAGAUGGUUCAGAUUCUACGAAAGGAAGCCGAUAGUGGGAGGGGGUUCAUCGAGUACGAUAUGAAGGAUUUGUUUUCACGCGUUGCUACCGACAUUAUUGCAACAUGUGCGUUCGGUAUACAGGUGAAUUCGGUGAAGGAUACAGGAAACGACUUUUAUAUGAUGGGAAAGGCGAUGCUAAAUUUCCUCAGAACGUCGGUGGUAGUGCGUAUGCUGGGAUAUUCGUUAUUCCCUGGUGUAAUGCAAAAGUUAGGGAUCGAUGUUAUUGAUAGAAAGCAAAUACGCUACUUCUCGAAUAUGGUCAAAGAAACAAUAAAAAAUCGAGAAACUCAUGGAAUUGUUCGACCGGACAUGAUCCAUCUAUUGAUGAUGGCAAAGAAGGGUACUUUAAAGUUUCAACACGAAACUUUCAAAACGAUUGAAGGAUUUGCCACUGUAGAUGAAUCUAAUGUAGGGACAGCAUCCGUUACCAAAACCCUAACGGAUGCGGAAAUUACAGCACAGUGUAUGAUAUUCUUUAUCGCUGGAUUUCAGGCCAUAUCGCUAUCUAUGGUAUUCAUGGCUUACCACCUCGCCAUGAGUCCUACGAUUCAACAGAAACUUUACGAGGAGAUUCUAGAAACAAGCAAGCAAUUGAAACAACAGGCAUUAUCAUACGAUACUCUACAAUCGAUGAAGUACAUGGAUAUGGUUGUAUCGGAGACACUUCGAUUGUGGUCCAACCCAAUGACGGAUCGUCUGUGCACUAAAGAUUACACCCUGGACGAUGGCAAGGGGCUUAAGUUUACGAUAGACAAAGGAACCUGCGUAUGGUUUCCGAUCUACGCCAUUCAUCACGAUCCGCAGUACUACCCAAAUCCGGAGGAAUUCGAUCCGGAACGAUUUAAUGACGCGAAUCGAGCGAACAUCAAUAUGUCCACCUAUUUGCCAUUCGGAAUUGGGCCACGUAAUUGUAUCGGGUCGCGGUUUGCGCUGAUGGAAAUGAAGGCAAUCACGUACAAACUGUUGCUGAGUUUCAGCAUUGAGCGAACGGAACAAACUGAAGUGCCACUCAAGAUCGGUAAAGGACUCGUCCCAACGGUUGCUGCCCAUUUAAGGCUUAAGUUAAGAGCAUGAAAAUAUCUAUAUUUGAAACUGUGUGUGA